AUGGAACAGCCCUUUUCUUCGUCAAAGGUGACGGUCGAGUACUUCGAUCCCCACGAUGUCUACAAGCUCCUUGCGCCGGGGUUGAUUCCCCGGCUCCCGCUCCGAGACCUCAACUGGCAAUCCCACGCCGGGCCAUUGCGAUCUAUCAACACCCUACACAUUGAGCUCCUACCAUCCGGAGCCGACUGCUCGAAUAUCUUUACCCCCCUAUCCUCUCCAAACCCAAAGGGCGCAAGCUCCACCGAUGUCGCGAACCAACCGGCCCGUGACGAUGGCUUCCAGACCGCCACCAUCGCCGGUAGGGGUGGCUCAAGCGACCAGGUGGACUCGACACUUCGUCCACCAGCAGGGCCAGGCAAGGAAAGGAGACAUCAAAUACCAGGCUUGCGCCGCACACCUUACCUCAAGGUGCUACUAAUACGAUGCGACGACAACGAUACAUACAAGUCCACGACGAAGGCUGAAAUAAAGGAGUGGAUCAAAGUCAACACACCACCAGCCCAGGGCAAGAGUGGCGCUGAGAACCACGAUGCCUUCGAAUGGCUAAUCAUCCAUGUGGUCCUCCCAAACACCGUCGCCGCGACCCAGCCGCGGACGACCGGGAAGGUACCCGACUCCAGCGACGUCUCCAAGACGGCGACACUAAAGUGGCGCGGCAGCUCAACAUCGUUGCUGGAGAAAUUGCGGACCGACUUCAACGGCUCAGGCAAGGGCGCUGUGGACAGGAUCAGGCAGAUUCGCAUUGGCGUCAACGACGUGCCAUAUAGUAUGCUCCCGAGGGUGGUGCCCGCGGUACCUACGGGGUAUCGUGAGACCGAGCAGGACAGUGACGCCGCGUGGGCGGACUUGAUCGGGAAGUUCAAGGAGCUCAUCCUAUCCAGCUUCGACACACGCGUCACACAGUACGAAGAGGACAUCAAGGAACGAGACGCCCAGAGGAGUUUACCAGGGUGGAAUUUCUGCACUUUUUUCAUUCUGAAAGAAGGCCUGGCCAGGGGUUUCGAAAGUGUUGGUCUUGUUGAGGAUGCCCUGGUUGGAUAUGAUGAGCUUAGUGUUGGGCUCGACACUAUCAUCCAAGAACAAGCGGCUGCGGGGUCUGCGGAAGCACAUGGAGGCGCUCUGCUUCCAUAUACCCCGGAUCUCAAAGAGACAGCACAAAAGGCUCUCAGUGAGAUCGCUGGCGGUACUCUUGAGUUUGAGGAAGAGGAGGCUGUGGAUCUCCAGUCUGGCGAGAAGCAAAAGCUGGAUUAUUCCGAAAGCAUCCCCAUCACUUCAUCCAAAAAGACAUACCGAGAGUUGAUCUUGGCCAACAAUGUGUCUUUAUUCGAUUUCAGGUGCUACAUCUUUGCACGCCAAAUCUCUCUGCUCCUUCGUCUUGGAAAUGCAUGGUCAACACGAGAGGAACUGGUGGCCAAGCUGAAGGAGCAGCAAGAAAUGGUCCCGCGAGGAGUGGCUGCAAAAACACCCGUACCCAAGCUGAAUGAGGAGCAGGAGAACUUGCUGCAGCUCGCUGAGAUCUGCAAACGCACGCUCGAGUUCGUGCCUGCGAUUUCGACAGUCAUGAGAGAAGACAUCAUUGCGGCCAUCAUGUCUGCCAAGAAACACGAAGAAGAAGAUGGCGUCAAGCCAGUCCUCGAUUCCAUGCUCUCCGAGGUUGUGGACAACAUGGUGUCGUCCUUUGCCUUUUCUGUCGCCCAACAGAUUCUCGCCCAGACGUCUACCAAGGCGCUGCCUAUCCCACCUUCUACCCUCAAUGAUGCCCAUGAUCAGAAGACGUCUAUCCCAGACCCGAAAAUGACGAUGCAUCCAGCCCGGACGACGUCCCUUCACGGCCAGAGCACUCAACGGCCACCUCUCAGCCCUGGGUUCCCGUCUGGGCGCCUGCCUGGUUCUAUUGAUAGUCCAGCUACGUCGUCAUUUCAGAAGGCUGGGCUCGAAGAACUUGCUGCUAGGAGAGCCGAGCUGUAUGCAUUGUCCCGAAAUAUUUUGGAAGAGUGUGGCAAGAAGCGUGGCUGGUCUGACGGGUGGUCGUCGGUCCCUACGGUAGGGGAAGCUGGGAUUGUCGACAUGGAGGAGAUUGGCCUUGACGAUGAUGAUGAUGAUGAUGAUGAUGAUGCCGAAAAGACCAAGCCGGCUGCAAGAGAAACCGCUGAGGUUUUGCACACGUCGGUUGCCGGCGUGGGAACCACCCUCCUCCGCACAGCGCUCGACAAUAAGGAUGACUUUUAUCGGCUCUACGAGACGCUCACCGAUAAAGCUCUCCGGCACUACACAGUCGCCCACCACCUGCACUCGGUCCAGGCCUGCAUGGCCGAUUUGGCGGUGCUCAAGUUUCAUCUUGAGGAGUACAAGGACGCAGCUUACUACUUUUACCGCGUCAUUCCCUUCUUUGGAGAGAGCAGCUGGGCCCUCCUUGAGCUUUCCAUGCUGGUCAUGUAUGCGAGGUGUCUAAAGAAGUUGAACAAGUUGGACGAUUACGUCAACCAAGCACUUCGGCAGCUCCUUUGCAAGGCAGCCGCCGCUGAGAGGGACAGAUUGCAGCAAAAGUCACGGUUCAGGAACACCCUUACGUCUGCGACUCAGUACCCAGAAGCCUCGGCCAUCACGGGAUUCCUGGCGGACCUGAUUUCGGUGUCGGCAUCGCUAGAAAAGGAUGUGAGGAUUCCCCUGACGAGCCUCUGCUGUGACCUUGCUCUGGACGGGCCACCAUUCUACGACGAGGGCCAGGACAGCUUCUCCUUGUUUCUUGACUUUCACAGUCUUUUGGUUGAUGAGUUUGAAGCUGAUUCGGUCAGCAUCCGCAUCACGAGCAAGACUGCAGGGGGCAGCAGGGAAAUUUGGCUACAGACCGAGAAGCCAGUUACCAUCCGGCCAGGGCCGAACAAGGUACGAGUGCAGAGCACAACGAUGAUGGCUGGCACUUUUGAGGUGGAUCAGGUUCGUCUGUCCAGCGAAAAGGUAUUGCUGCACUACGAACGAGAUCCCAACCAGCCUGUAGACAAGGGGAUUGCAAGCCUGAAAAAUCCUCAAGUGGCUGUUUACCAACGAGCUAGCGGCCUUGACGUCCGACUGUCAGGGACAAAGGACCUGCAGCUCGACAAGAAGAAAUCGCUAGAUCUUGAGCUAUCAACUGGUUGGAACGCCGUCAAGACGUGCGAGAUUAAGAUUAGGUCCGCGACUGGUGGGCUGCGGCUGGUCAUGAGUGAAGCAGAGGUGGUUGGCUCGACACAGGCCACCAAAGCAGAGGGAGGCACCUUCAAAUUCGGCGCCAUUCCCGCAAAUAGCUCUGUCAAGGUCCGGUUUCCCUUCACCGUUGAGCACGACCUGCUCGAUGUCGCUGUCAGGGCGGAGGUUACCUACUCCACCGAACGUGGGAGCUUCACCUUCUUCAAGACAUCAUCUGUACCAAUCUCUCUCGCAGUCGAGGUCAACGUUCAGGAUAUCUUCAAGCACAACGCACUCUUUUCGCGAUUUGCGGUCUCCUCCGCCAGCUCCAGCCCGUUGAGGUUGUUCAAAAGCGAGCUGUUGGGCUCCGAGGUCUUUGACACACAUUUUGGUCACUCGCCCAGCCAGCCGGUGUUGAUCUUUCCCAAACAGCCCACCAGCCUGCUGUACAAAAUCACGAGAAAGCGCGGGGUUGCCAUCGGGCCGAAGACAAACAAGACGCUGUAUCUCAAGCUGUACUACAGCGUCUUGCAGGAAGAGAUUGAGGAUCUGUUUGAGAAGACCAUCGUUGCCGAUCUGGAAGACUCGCCCAUGAGGGAGUACGCCAAGCUGAUCGUCUCCAAGGUUCUGGCGGUAGUCCAAGCCCGCCUGUCGGAACACGAGCUUGAGAAAGCGGCGUUGCUGGGGGAGCUGCAGACGAGCUUUUUGGGUCAUGUCAAUUGGGAAUCGCACUUUGCUGGUCUGGGGUCGGCGUCAAACACUCAACAGCAAAAAAGCGGGACCAGCUCCCCUGCUUCUUCUUCUUCUUCUUCUGGGGAAGACAUCUCGUCGGCCACUCUGGCAGGUUUUGUGACUGCCUUUUUCACCAAUCACCCUUUCCUCCCGUUACCGCACCCCGAGUCAAUCCCGGAACCAAACACGAUUGUCAUCCCGGUUGAUGUACCCCCAGUAGCAAUAGUUCACACGGCCGACUUGAGGGUUUCAUCGUCUCAACCUCCAGUGGUGAACGGGACGGACGCUAGCGAUGGCAGUCCUACGUUCGUGAUUAACCAGCUCCUCCCUACCACCCUCCACCUAAAAUGGACGCGGAUGUGGGACACUGACCUGUCCACUUCGUCUCUGUCUCAAGACCUGGAGUUCGGGUAUGAGAUCACUGCCCCGGGGGAUAGCUGGCUGCUUGGGGGGAGGAGGAAGGGGCAUUUUGUUAUACCGGCUGUUGACGAUGAUGAUGCAGAGGAAAAAUUGAGUUCGACGGCGGAGACGGAGGCGGAGAUACCUGUUGUUUUGGUGCCUUUGAGGGAGGGGUAUUUACCUUGGCCCGGGGUGGAGAUUAGGGAGGUUAGGGCGGGAGGAGAGAAUGGGAAUGGGACGGGGGAGAAUAGUCCUGUGGUGAAUGUUGCUGGGGGGGUGCAUUGCGAGACGGAUUAUAGGAACUUGGGGGAGACGGUGGAGGUUGUGGGGGAUCGGGGGAGGGUUACGGUUAGUUUGGAUGUUAGUGAUGGUGGGGGGGAUAGGGGGGGUCCGAUGGUGCUGGAGUGUGAGGGUGGGGGAUGGGGGGUUGGGAGGGUUGUUGCUUAG